CUUCCUUGGAUGCUUUUGGUGAUGUUCAAGGGAUUAAACCUCCAUCAACGAAAAAUUUUCUUCACUUACUGAGACGUCGAUACGCCGGCUUAUUUAUACACAUCAACAACAAUAAAACGCUUUAUCAUCUGAUUUAUACAUUACUAAAGAUGUUAUACAUCGCUGACUCAUUGCAUUGGCUGGAUGGUUUGUCAGCUGCGUAUGGGAGGCACGAACUGUGGCAUUUGCCUCAACGAGAGCACACGGCUAUUCGGUAGCGUCGUCGAUGGGGAGUGCUCCGGAGGUAAGGGGAGUUUAGCGGAGUUUAGCCUGGGGGCGUGGGCUGCGGGCUGGUCGCUUUAUCGGGUUUAUUACGUAAUCAGGCGAGCUCGUUUGUCGGGUUUAUUACGUAAGCGUCGGAAUCCACCGCGCAUCGGAAUUCGCCGUCGGAAUUGCAAAGGCCAACGCCGGAACCUCGCCAGGCUCUCCUCGCUGCCCACGGAUACCUCGCGCGUGCCGCAACGUGAUUGGCCAGUCAGCCCAUGGAACCAACACCGUCAAGAGCAACCCAAUGGAGCUGGCAGCACGCUUCAAUUGCCUCCUGAAGGGCAGAACCGGGGCGUUUUACCCGUAUUUCCACUCAUCGAGCGCCACAGCACAGAAAUGUUAGGAUGUCACGCUAAAAUCAGCCAAUCGAAGGCCUUUGAGACGACCCGCGGCCUUUGAAUCUCGUUUGGCAUCAUCUAUAAAAAUGGCACCUCUUCUUCAACAUCUCUGCUCUUUCCUCUGCUCUGGAGCACCAAUUGG